CGUGACGUCCCUUUAAGAAGCACCUAGUAGUAUUGUUGUACGCGGCCAUGGCAGAGAGCAGUUUUUUUCUGAGGACUUUGCCUCGGACAGAGCGGAAGGGGGAGAGGCGUCUUGUCGCGCCGCUGGAGCCAUGAGGGAGUAGUACACGCCGUCCGAUCAAACUCUCGCAAUUCGUAAGAUCGCGUCAGAAGUCGUCUUCGUCGCACUUGUUCACUUUUUGUUUCAUUUCCCCCCCGGUGGGUCAUGGAAGUUGUUGGGGAACUGACGGCUGCCUGGCCGGUGUCUUUGUCGGGCGGUGGGCUGGGGGUGUAGCGCUGCCCGCGGUGUAGCCUCGAAGCUCAGCGCUCCGUUUAAAUCCCUGCUGAUUUCUCGGGACGUUCGAGGAGGCUUCAAGCCGGUUUCUCGAUUACUUUUAUCCCGUCCUCGCUUUCGCCCUCACUUUAACAUUGUUAGUUCGGGUGACUUUUUUAUACGUAUUUUUUGUUUUACAUUUCAUUCCCGUGUCGAUGAGUCUCGAUAACGUUAAAUACCCGACGAUCCUGUCAGCUUUGUUUAAAAUGGCAGACGACAGUGAGCUGAUGGGAGCCUCCGAGUUCAUAAAAGAUCGCCUGUAUUUUGCGACGUUACGGAGCAAGCCGAAGAGUACAGCGAACACGCACUAUUUCUGCACGGAUGAGGAGUUCGUGUAUGAAAACUUUUAUGCAGAUUUUGGGCCCCUCAAUUUGGCGAUGCUGUACAGGUACUGCUGUAAACUAAACAAGAAGCUAAAGCAGACAAGGUGUAGUUCUGUGGUGUGUACAUGUAUACAAAUGUUGAAGUCCUUCACCUUGACCAGAAAGAGGAUCGUUCACUACACCAGCUUUGAUCAGCGGAAGAGGGCUAAUGCUGCUGUUUUAAUCGGUGCCUAUGCUGUCCUCUACCUGAAGAAGACCCCCGAGGAGGCCUGCAGGGCACUCGUCUCCGGGUUCAAUGCGCCAUACCUACCCUUCAGGGACGCCUCUUUUGGGAAUUGCACAUACAACCUGACCAUUCUCGACUGUUUGCAAGGUAUCCACAAGGCCCUUCAGCACGGCUUUUUUGACUUCGAUACAUUUGAUGUGGACGAAUAUGAGCAUUAUGAGCGUGUAGAGAAUGGCGACUUCAACUGGAUAAUUCCGGGGAAGUUGCUGGCGUUCAGUGGACCGCACCCCAAGACUAAAAUAGAGAACGGCUACCCUCUCCAUGCCCCUGAAGCCUACUUCCCCUACUUCCGCAAGCACAACGUGCUGACGGUGGUGCGUCUCAAUAAGAAGAUCUACGAUUCCCGCCGCUUCACUGACGCCGGCUUCGACCACUAUGACCUGUUCUUCGCCGAUGGCAGCACACCCAGUGACGCCAUAACCCAGCGCUUCCUGCAUAUAUGCGAGAGCACCAACGGUGCCGUCGCGGUCCACUGCAAGGCUGGCCUGGGUCGCACCGGGACACUGAUCGGCUGCUACCUGAUGAAGCACCACGGCUUCACAGCUGCCGAGGCCAUCGCCUGGAUACGCAUUUGCCGACCGGGCUCCAUCAUCGGGCCCCAGCAGCACUUCCUGGAGGAGAAGCAGGCCAGCCUAUGGGUGCAAGGCGACAGCCAGCGGUCCGAGCAGAAGCAGCAGCAGCAGCGGCUGCUGCCCGGGGACCGUGAUGUCACGCACCUGAUCUCCAACCUGGACAACCUGACCCUCGCCACAUCUAUCUUCAAAUCGCAUGGCAUGGAGGAGGAGGACGAGAACAGCAGCGGCCUGACGCAAGGUGACAAGCUUCGUGCUCUGAAGGGGAGGAGGCAGCCGCGGGCGGUAACUACGGGGGCACUCAGGUUAGAGGACAUGAAAUCGCACACCAGGUCUGCAUCCCAGCCCUUCAGGAUGACACCCGUUGUGGGUGUUCAGGGCUUGGGGUCUCCUCUGAAGGUGUCCAAGGCCCCCCCCUCAGCAUCCCCCUCUGCCAAGAGGAUCAGCCACACCUCCCCCACUUCGGCCUCCAACCUUAAGAGCUUCUCCAUAAACUCCAGAUUAGCCAGCUCCUUAGGCAACCUGUAUGCCGCGGAUGACGACGCGAAGGCCCCCGGCCGGCCGGCCGCCCCCCCGCCCCCACUUCGGACGGGUCCUGGCUAUGCCAAUGGCGGCCCACUCGUGUCUCCGGUCCGAAAUCAACUCUUUGAAGUCAACAACAAUCAGUAUAACUGUACCACCUCCUCCGGCUCCCUGGCCUCCAUGGGCCUGGGCAGAAGCAGCAAAGUGCCGGCCUUCAACCGCAACCACGGUAAUGCGGCAGGACGCCCGCCCAGGCUCGGGCCGGAUGAGCUAGGCCUCUACAGAUCAGCGCCGCUGUCUGGGCUCGGCGCCCCCUCGGCCCGAUAUCUCAGCCGCUCCAUCCCCUCCCUUCAGUCUGAAUAUGUUCAGUACUAAGGCGGCGACGUUGCACUGAGGAGCAGGGAGCCGGCCCCCCCACCCUGCUUCGCCGGGCCGCCGAACAACCCCUUUCCUCCUCCUCGCCCCUGCUGUCCCAAAUGGGGUAAAGGGAAACUGGCCUGUGCACCCAGCAAACCUCUGGGUCAGACUCGCCCUUUUUGACCUGCUGUAUGUAGUUUGCCCAUGUCACAGGGACCUGGCAGUCUGGAGUGGACUAGAUCAGUCUGCUCCUUCAUGGAACAAAGAGGUCUUCCCUUUGGCCUCUGGACUUUAACAGGAUAAUUAUUUCGGACUUGAAGCUUCCACCUAAUUAGCUCUGAACACGUCCUGUUCUACCUGCUUAAGCAGGUAGUUGCGUGCAUGUGUGCGUUUGUGGACAGGUACCUGCUAUCCAAGCUAGCACUCCUGGUCAUGAGAGUAAGCAGCCCUCGUACUGCUGACAUGUCUAUGAACUUUUGAUAGGGGAUCUUUUUUAUGGAUUUUUGUUUUGUCUACAGAUUUUAAGCUUGGAUAACACAAACACACCUGUGUGUGUGUAUAUGUAUGAAUUGUAUCAUGGUUUCAUGAAAUCUUCUGGUUUUUAAACUCAUUCUGGGUGUACUUUUAUAUAGACAAUUUUAUUGAUGUUUUAAAGGGCUUACUUUCCAGGGGAGGGGGCUUUUUUACAUUACUAAAGUAUUUACUGAGCCCGAGGAAGUCAGUUUUAAUAUACUAAUAUUUCACAUUCCUCUUGUGGGGGGCAGUGACUGAAGGUACAAUAUUGCGGAACGAAGGCUGACUGGUUAUCACAGAGUUUCAUUUCACCAAGUUUCGUUUUCACCCUAGUUGGGGGAAUGAUUUGCCCGUUCGGCCUUGGACGCUGUGAGAGGUGUAGCUUAACACCUUAGUAUUGCAGUAACUGAGUCUCUGUUGUAUACAUACACGUAUGUACUCACAGUUGUCUUUAAAUGACAGCCUUUGGUGAGAGGCUCCACUGAAAAGAGAGCCUGUCUUGUUCAGGAUGAUGGAUAGUAUAAUUUCCUGCUUAUGAAAAUCUCUCCUCUGGCAGGUUUUCCUCUGUCCACCCAAAUUGAGAUGCUGUAAAAUUAUAAUCCUAUUUUGUGUGGUGAUUUCUCCCAUAUUUGUCUUUUAACAACAUUUGCUAGUGGUUUUUUUUUUUGAAUGGUAAUGACAUGCUCUCUAGGAUAGUGUAUUAUGGUAGUGUAUUUGUAGCAAACCCAGUUGUCUUCAUAAUUUUUAAGACCGAGCAGACAACAAAUUUUAAAAAACAAAUUACUUUGGUAACGAGCUUUUCGGUAUAAAUGUAGAGGACAAGUACUUUUGUGCCCCGAGUAUGAAUAUAAAAUCUAAACGGCGCCUUUCAGUUUUAUGGAUUAAACACAUCAGAUGGGCACACAGGGAUCUGUGUUUACGUCCCAAUAAAAGUCCUUACAUCGGCGCAUCAAUGGACAAGUCGUACAAAGUGCUGGGGAAGCGAGGUGUCCAAAGAGCUUUCUGAAAAGACAAAGGGCUGCUGACUUUCAUUUUCCCUUGAUUUUAAACGUUUUUUCCCUCCAGACUACAGGCUCACAUGCACUCCUGUCUACCGACAUGAUUCUUGUAAAUCUCAUUUGAUUGUGCUGUUCUCAUUGUGUCUUAGAGGCUUCCGGAAUGUACAGUGACAGACACUGUAGGACAGCAUUGCAGUCUUUCCGUUGUGUGAUUCUGUUAUGGCAGAAUAUGCUGUUAUGGCUCUGCUCUCCAUCCUGAAAGGGCCAGAUCAAAUGGUUUACUUAGCCGAAUGUUAAAUGCCUUCCCAGCCUCUCUACCCAUGUACUUUGACUGUUGUCUUUAAGAUCUGUAAGAUCUGAAUUGUGGACCCCUUCAUUUGUGCUGAAUCACUCGGUGUUUCACUCUGUUCAUUCCACACAGCCUAGUGCUUUUCUUUCAUGAACUUUGGGAGAAUCUUAUUGCUGCAGUUCUUCUACCUCCUUACAGAAAGCACCUGUAAAAUAUAAUAUUGCAUAUAUUUUUUCACGCAGUGUGUAGAGAGAAAAAGUUAUUCUAGAGCAGUAUUCCUUUCUACUUAUGCAAAAUAUACUGUAAACAUAGAUGUUUGUAUUUACUGUAUGGAAAACUAAUACAAUAUAUACAGGGUGCAAAUGAAAUGUAAAAAUAAAAUAUUACAUUCUGUUUACAUUGAA